CCACGAGGAAUCCAUUAUCACCACAGUAAUUUUAUCGGACGUGUAUAGUUCGAGAUGGAUCGAGCAAAAACUUUACAUCGAACUUGGGCUUUGAGCCGCUAGUCAAAUCGUGUCGCAUCGUUCAUCGUAAUCAAGAUUGAAAUAUUCAUUCGCAUAUAUAAAAGAACGUAAAAAGUAAUCGCGUGUACAUACGACUACAGGACGGCCAUUCUUGAGUAACGAGUGUACACGAUAGGCACGUGGACGACACGAGUUUACUUAUCCUCCGGAAUUUUUCUUUGCCAGUGUUAACAUGUCACUUGUCGAACAAAGACGUGAUUUUUCGUCGAAUCAAAAUUUAUAAACGACAUACAAUGAGUGUGACAAGUGCUAAGAAUUAUUAUAUUGAAAUAUUCUUCGAUUUUUAUUUGUGCGGUAAUUAUUUUCGUUAUCAAUCUGCCGCGUAUGUUAUGUUAUCGACGGUGGAUAAUUAUCGAUCUUGUGACAUCGAAAUUCGAAUACAUUUUAUUGUAAUAAAUAAAUUUUUGAAAUCGACUCCUAAUAAUGGGUGGUAGAGAAUAUAAUAGAAACAUUUUCAGUUAUGAAACACUAGUUCACGCAAUAUCUGGUGCUGCUGGUGGUGUCGUUGCCAUGGCAAUGUUCUUCCCUCUGGAUACAGUACGAAGCAGAUUACAACUAGAAGAAGAUAGAAAAUCGAAAAGUACACUGGCAACAAUACGCGAUCUCGUCGAAAAAGAAGGACCAGAAACUUUAUACAGAGGAAUUAUACCUGUCCUUCAGAGUUUGUGUGCCAGUAAUUUCGUUUACUUCUACACAUUCCACGGUUUAAAAAUGCUUAAAUCGCAAAAAAAGCAAUCAGCUAGAAAUGAUUUGUUUCUUGCAUCAAUCGCAGGCGCAAUUAAUGUUCUAACAACGACACCAUUAUGGGUGGUAAAUACUAGAUUGAAAAUGAGAGGUAUCGAUCAUAUACCGGAAAGAAAUAACAAUAAUAAAUAUAAUACAUUAUAUGCUGGUCUUAUACAUAUAUGGAAAUACGAAGGAAUAAAAAGUCUUUGGGCAGGGACUUUGCCAAGCUUAAUGUUAAUUAUAAAUCCAGCCAUCCAAUUCAUGACUUAUGAGGCUAUUAAGAGAAAAAUUUGCAUGACUCUAAAUAAUUCACAACCAUCUGCAUGGAUUUUUUUUGUUAUUGGUGCCGUAGCGAAAGCGGUAGCAACCAUAUUAACUUAUCCAUUGCAAUUAGUUCAAACAAAAUUGAGACAUGGUCAUAAAUAUCCAAAUCUACCACCAAACGCUGGCAUUUUAGAAAUUCUAUUUUACAUACUAAAAAAACAAGGACUAAUGGGAUUGUUCAAAGGAAUGGAAGCCAAAUUAUUGCAAACUAUUCUCACGGCAGCGUUAAUGUUUUUCACUUAUGAAAAAAUUUCAAGACUUGUUUUUCAUAUUCUUUUCCAUAAACCGAUAUUAAGAUAAUAAGUUUUUCACACAUCGAACAAUAUUAAUCAUUAACGUUAAUAUUGUUCUCCGUGUAAAUUUCCGCUUAUUAUAAAUAAUAUAUAAAAUGUGUAAUACAUAGAUUACGAUAAAGUUACUUAUUUUAAAACUUAUUGUGAGAAAAUACGGAGAAAGCAUAUUGAUUAGAUCGACAUUAGAUACAUUUUUUAGAAAACAUUUUUUCUAUAGUAAAUAGAGAAUAAAAUUUGUAUAAAAAUUUAAA